AUGAAAGCCAUAUUUGCUCGACACCGCAUACCAAAUGAGGUCAGAUCGGAUAAUGGUCCUCAGUACGCCUCCGAGAUAUUCGCAAAGUUUGCAAAAGAGUACGACUUUGUGCACACAACGAGUAGUCCGAAAUAUCCCCAAUCGAAUGGAGAAGCCGAGCGAAUGGUACAGACUAUGAAGAAACUACUAACGAAGAGUGAUGAUCCCUACCAGGGAUUGUUGUCUUAUCGUUCGGCCCCUCUGUCAAAUGGAUAUUCUCCAGCAGAACUACUAAUGGGUAGACAACUGAGAGAGACAGACGACAAAAAGAGAGAUUUGACAAACAACAUAGAGCCAGGGAACUACCACCAUUAUCUAGUGGAGAAGGAGUGUGGAUUCCAGACAGAAAGGAAAGAGGGUCUAUUUUACAACAGUCUAAAACACCAAGAUCUUAUACCAUCUCAACACCAUCCGGAGAAUUUCGAAGGAACAGAAGACACAGUUAGAGAUCAUCGACGAAAAGAACCGGUACCAGAAGACAAGAAGACUGAAAUGAAAAAAGAAGAACCAACAGAAAGUACGGUGCAACAUCCUCCUUCAGUACAACCUGAUUUAACAACAACAAGAAGUGGUAGAGCUGUCAAGCCACCGCAGAAACUAGACUUAUAG